UAUUAUGACUAUUAUGUCAUCAUAACCCUUGCCGCUGAAAUCUCACUAAUUCUAAUUCAAUUGAGCAAUUAAAGCAAUAAUCCCUAGAAUUAAAACGAACGUUUAAUUAUCACGCAAAUACCAACCAAACCGGCAAUUUACGACUUACCGUCAGAAGAAAUGGAUUUCCGAAGUUAUAAAAGAAAUAAAACUACACAGUUUUUCCACAAGCUGGAUAAAGUUAUCUUUAUUUGCAGCAGCAUGAACUUCUGGGUAGACGAUAACGGUAUAGCAGAGACAGUCGUGAAAACGUAUAAAAAUGUAUCGAAAGUAGUAAAUGUAGCGCUCAUUCUCUUCAUGGCAGCGGAGUUUGGGUCAUUCUUCACUCAAAACAAUUUGACGGAGAAGCAGAAAUCUGACCGCGUUCUUAUGACGUUUUCGCACAUGGUCCUCUACUCUUUCACACUCACUCUGAGCUACCAUAAGAAGACUGUGACAGAAAUAUUGUUUGCGUUAGGGGUUUAUUUGAAGAAGGAUUUCAACGAUGAGGCGACGGAGAGACUGAUGCUGAAACGCACCAGAAUCUAUACUUUUGCGCUUGUGAUGCUGUGCUUUAACGCGCUUGUAUUUUACGGUGUAGAAGGAUUAGCUCAGGUAUUAUUCUCAGGUGGAAACUUCGUAACAAUGAUCACAAUCUGGCCCGAGGUCCACGACCGCUCACUCCUCGCCGGCGUCGGCCGCGUCAUCAUCUACAUCACCUGGUGGCUCUGGAUGCUGCGCGUCACCAUGGCCUACCUCCUAGUCCUGACUGUAACCAUCUCGCUCAGCCAUCAGUACACCAACCUGCAGGUGUACUUCAGGAGUAUAGCCGGGAUAUUUGAGGAGACGAUCAGUCAGAGGGAGAAAGAGGAAAAAUUUGAGAGGGCUCUGAAGCUUGGGAUUAAGUUGCAUUCUACAACCAUUUGGUAAGGACUCGAAAAAUAUACUUUGCAUAGGUAUCUAUCUAUCUAUAGCAGCCAAUAGCAGCCUUUAAAGCGUCCGUUUUACGACACAGCCUUG